UAAGCCCAGAAGAAAGCCUAGGUUAGGUUUGCUUAGGAUCCUUCGAAGCAUAUUAUAUUUGAAAGAUCAACCUUUCAGUUGAACCAGUCCACACCCUGCAGGCUUCGAACCUCGGUCCUCAGGGAAUGAGGAUUCCAUUGUCUGGUCGGUCUACCUAGGAGGACCUUGCGAGCGCACGUCGAACGGCGAUCUCUGACGUUUAUGCGUGGUAAAGACAUGCCUCUGACACGAGAUAAGCAGUGUGAACACUCAGCUUGAACGUGAGAUGGAACGGAAAGAACGAAUAGUCUCUAGUAAUGCCCACUCGCACAUCGAUAUCGCGUGUGAGACGGAGGACCCGCGCUAGGAGUUAUCACUUUACCUGUGAAGAUACGGUAGUUUCGGUUACUAUUUGUGUACUACCAUAGACGUUGUUUGUGGACAGCAAGUUAGCAGCCAAACACACCCGAAUUCUUGAUCAUACCCGUCAUGGCUGUGAGCCGAGCUCUCGCUCUGGUGCGAGUGAAGCAACCUCACACUAGCAACGUCCUAAAACGAAGGUUUUCUUCGCAAACCAUUCAUCCUGGUGAAGAAGUUUUGCCGGAAGUCGGAUUUUUCACACCGUUUUGGCGCAAUACCAUACUUCUCUCAUUUGUUGCCAUUGCAUUUUACAAGUGGGCUCCCAGACCGGGUGAAGAGGCAUUCCUGACGAAGUGGCUUGCUCACUAUUCGACUUCACCGGAGUUUUGGACUAGAAUCAAUGAGCAGCAGCUAUUGCGAUCACAGCAUAUGACUGUCAACACUGUAUUGCAGACCAGUGCACAGCGACCAAGCAUGGUGCGGUACAGAUACCCCCAGAUGCUGGAGCAGGGCUCUCCUCACCUGAAACCUGUUGGUGCUGUUUCACCCGUCGGAAAGAAGGCUGAGUGAUCUAGGCAUGCUGUCGGCGUCAAGCCUUUUUUUUUUCGGUAGCCAGAUGUUCCGUGUUGUACCUCGGAAAUGAAAAUAGUUUGGCAUC